AACUUGGGCCCUUUGACAUCAUCCGUGAUUGGCACCCUACAUCCAUUACGCGCAUUUUGAUCCAGGAUCCAUCUUGACGCCAAUGCUUUGGUGGCUAUCCACUCCUCACACGUCUUUCGCACUUUAACCUGGAUGGCGCUUUUGGCAUUAGGGACAUCGACAUAGCAUCAUUUCUUGCAUUGCUCUUCUCGUUGCCCCAAACCUACUUCUUACCCUGGCUUUCCCGGUCCGCUCUCUCCAACACAGUCCACUACGCCGAGACCUUUUUUCUCACUCUGAAGUCCAUCAUAACCUCACCCAGUCCCUUCCUCCACCUCGACUCUUUGGGACACCGUUGUCAUCACUCCUAGAACUACUCACUUUCACUUGUCUCUCUUGCCGCUUUCUGAGCAUCUGGUGGCCGGCAGUCCCUCCGUUCCCGACCGUCUCGACUUCGCCAUUCACCCGUAUUUUUCCACGGCUGUUAUAUCCUGAUUGUGAUUCUAUAUAUCACGCCAGAGAUUCUCCCCAUCGGCUCUGUCCCAGUGCCAUGGUGGUACGAAUAAUGAGGUUGACAGCUGAUCACGAUCAUGUCAACAUCGGCUCCUCAAUCACCCAGAGGUGCCCGUGCUGCCGACAAGCAGAAGAGGCGUGCCAACUCGUGCCUGCCAUGUCGCGAGAGUAAAUCUCGAUGUACGGGAGGCAUCCCGUGCGAUACUUGUCAGAAGAAGAGGCAGAAACCGCGCUGUGUCUAUCGUAACAUGCCCGAUAGAGGGGAGACUGAGAAUGCUCUCCCCGAAGAAGAUGAGGAUAGCAGCUCUCAACAAGAUGCAUCCAUGGACGACGAAGAUGACGGCCAUGAUGCCAGUGACGAUAGCUCACUCGCCGGCCCUCACGAAGCGUUCUUUGGUACCUUUUCGUUAGCACGAAUCGUGGCAGAGGUCAAACAAUUGUCUCCGAGCACUGGUCGGGCACGAGAGAUUAUCGAUUUGAUCGAUACAGUCAAGGCCUUCUCGGUCAACGGCAGCGGAAUUGGCGCUGAGAGCACUGAAAAUCCUCAAGGAUCUCUCGCGGGAGACCACACUCCUCUAAUCAGCAGCACGUCAGACCCGCAACUUCCAAAGGCACUUCGCCGCCUUCACUCCCGAUACCUCUCUGUCAAAAGGCUCCUUGACUCUGGGAUGGCCAUGCAGGCAUGGACCACAUUUGCCAGCCUCGUUCGAGACGCUGAGAUCAUGGGCCUCGAUCGGCCAGAUGUGCCUGAGAAGUUGCCCGACAAAGGAAACGCAUUGGCCGACGCUCGUCGACGGAUGUGGUGGCUUCUGGCCGUGCUUGACAUCAGGCUGAGUUUCAUCCUAGGCCGAGCGCCAUCUUUAUCACACCUGGCCCCGGGCUUGCCACAGUCUUUUGACACUGGUGGAGGCGUGCAAGUGUCCAAGAGCCAACGAGCCUUCACCCGACACAAGGCUGAAUUACUGAGUUGGAUCUAUAGGGAUAAAGUCAUUCCCGAAGCGCUAUCCGAAACACAGAAGACCAAAUUAGAAGGUUUCUUGGAAGAACUGGACGCAGUGCAACGCGAUCUACCGCCUCUGUCUCAUUCUGGGCCGACAGAAGUUUCACAAACUGUUGUCAUUGCCAAACACCACCUCGAAGUACACUUGUUUGCUAUGGUGUCCAACGGCUUCAUGGCUCGGUGCAUCACAGCUGAGCAAGCUCAACUUGGCCCUAGUCGUCAGCGAAAUGCAGCCUCGCAGGCCAAAUCUUCGAAAGCUCGUGCUGCACGGCGGCAAACCCCCAGCAAAUACUACAAAGAAAUGCUCCAGUCAGGACGUCGAGUCAUGGAACUGUUCCACUUCAUCCACACUUCUGAGCCAUCCCGCUCUGGACCAUCGUGGACUCGUUGCUUUGGGGCGUAUUCGGCGGCGUCGAUCUUUGGAAUUGCUCGUCUUCGGCAAGAGGUAGAGCUUGAGGCAGAUUCAUCGCGCAUUGAGACGACACUGGAGGUAUUUCGCGAUAUUGCCUCGUCGUCGCCCGACUUGGGCAUAGGGCAAUUUGGGGCGUCGUCCUUGGAACAAAUGCUCGAUGGCCUACGAUCGUUUGAAAAACAUCUCAAGGAUGCCGGUCCGACUCAUGAUAUGCCUGCGCCUCAUCUCCCGCAGUCUAGUCGAGCUGAUACAUCACCAUCGCGAAUCAAGCAUGAGCUCGCCCCAUAUACGACCAAGUUCCGGAAACAUCCCAAGAAACGGCCCAAUUCGUCCAUGAUUGACGAGGAAGCCGCAGCUCCAGAGAAACGAGCUCGAUAUGGCGAGGGCAAGCCUUCGUUCGAUACACCAGUUCAAGGUGAGGCUCCUACGUGGGGAAUGAAUCAGGAAGCGUCGUUUGGGCAACAAAUGUCAUCGUUUGGAGACGUGCCCAACCACUCAUUCGAUGCCACGGCUUCGGUGAGUUUUGACCACGCUGCGUUUCCGACCAGUGCAGCGACAUCUUUUGCCAGCACCAUGGAUGCCCUCGAAUAUACCAGCCUGCGGUAUAACCCUCCCCAAGAUGUACCGGACAUUCCUUGGCCAACGAACCGGCGACACCACCCGGAAGUGCCUUGGCCCACGCCGGCAUUGAUCUAUCCACCUUUGUACCACAACGGAUGGGAGAAUCAUUUCAACACAUUGGAACCACAGGAAGUGAUUGCGGAGCACUUUUUCCGAAAUCCGGACCCGCCACCGCAGGUGGUGUACAAGUUGCUGUCUGACGAACAGCCACAUCCCGACCACGGGUAUGGGGGUUUCUACUCAGGGGUCGGAGAACCAUACCCAGCGGCGGAUCAAGUUCGCAGUUCUCCUCUAGUGGGAGAGAUUGCAGCACAACCACCGGGACCAGGUUUCCCACCGGCCGAUCUUGCUAGUCGGAGACAAAGUGUGGCGGAGGUAGAAGUCAAGGGGAACUGGGCGCUCGAGACGCCAGUGCAUUACGUUGAGCUUGGAAAGGACACGACGGGAGCGGCUCGGCCGAUGGCUCGGACACCUCCACGGGAGAUGAUUGUGUCACCGGUCAACGAAGGAGGGAUGUCACAGACGCAUGGAUCCUCACUGGCUCCAAAUCAGGUUCCACAGCAACGACGGAGCGGGCAUGGAGAAUACUCGACGAUGGCUACACAAUUACAGGCUGGUGCACCGGGUAUGCGGGCCACACUCGGACCGAACCAGGAGAUUGGCAGCCAGGAGAGUGCGGGCUCGAGACGUGCAUCGUUGGCACCUGGCGGCGAACUUGGUGCAGGAGAGAUGCACUUGGCAUCCAUGCCAGAAGGGCGAUGGGUAGGACAGAUGGGAUCGAACGGUGGCAACCCGUACGACGGGGCAAGCCUUGGACCACAGUACAGACAGGACAUGGAAAGUCGCAAUCAUACUGUGGGUGUGGCGUACAGUCAAACAGGUCCGGGGCGACACCAAUACCAGACGGCAGCUGGUGGUGGGGCGCCUCCGGCUCAACACCUCCGACCUCAUCAUCACCAUUUUCGCGAUUACCAGGUUCAAGCACCACCAGCACCAGGACAAUCAGUGACGACAGCACCGUUCAGUGGCAGUAACCAGGGGUGGUGGUCACACUAAAGACGCCAUGUUCACGAAGCGGAUAUUUGAGAUGAAUAGCGAAGUCCCAGUCAGUAAGCAAGCGAUGUGUGUUUCCCAAGCAAGCGAGAGGAUUACAGGGUGAAGGACGGGCCCAUGGAACCAGGAAAAUAGGCUUAUUUUUUCCAUGAUCCUUGUCUGUCUUGUUUACUUAGCAGUCAUGUUGGCCAUGUACAGAGGGAAACAAUUGUAUAUUAUUCCAGCGCAAGGCGACACGCGAUGAACGACCAAGAAGCGAUGGAGGUUUCGACAAAAGAGAGCUGAUUGACAGACGUGAUGUGAUGUGGCAAGGUUCCAGCAUGCGUGAAGAAUGAAGUGACGGCGGUCUGAGUAGUUGAGGAGAGGAGAUUCGGUAGGAAGCGACUAGCAUGUUAUAUUCCAGGGGCCGGACAAAUGUCCGAUUCUAUGUCAUAGCAUAUUUUAUUAGGUUCGAG